CUCUUCCCGCCAAAAAAAUGUCCAAGCAAAGCAGUCUCCCUCCUCCUCCCCUGUCCCGCGCCGUGUAGGUCCGGCCACACAGCCAAAUCGUCGGCGCCGGAGUGGCGCCGGCGAGACGAGCCCUCCCAGGCAAUUCGUAAAAUAAUCCAUGGUCUUUUACUAACCAGCAACCACACCACCACGAUCUAGGGUUAAUCUGGAGCCUAAUCACCCGGCCACCAACCCCCACUCCCACCCCAGCAUCUUCUCUCCUCGCCUCGCCGUCGACGACCCCCACCCAGCCGUCGUAGCCACCCGCUGCAACUCCGCAAGCCAUGGAGAAGCCGUCGCACGUAGCCACCGCCGACGGGAAGCAGGCAUCGCACAGGAUUGCGGUGGUCACUGGUGGAAACAAGGGAGUCGGCCUGGAGGUGUGCCGGCAGCUUGCCGCCCAAGGUGUGACUGUCAUUCUCACAGCGAGGGACGAGAAGAGAGGGAAGGAUGCCGUCGAGUCGAUUUGCCGUGAAUCCAACCUCUCCAACGUUGUCUUCCACCAGCUCGACGUCCGGGAUGACAGCAGUGUCGCCGCUCUAGCGCGACACAUCGAGAGCAGAUAUGGAGAGCUUGACAUCUUGGUUAACAAUGCAGCAGUUGUAGGAGUUGCAGCAGAUGAGGAAGGCCUCAAAGCUCUGAACCUUGAUGCAGAGACAUGGACAUCUGGCAGAGCUGCCACUGUGCUCAAAGACGUGUUCCAGAAUACCUAUGAGGUGGCACGGGACUGUCUCGACACCAAUUACUACGGAUGCAAACGGGUUACAGAAGCCCUUCUUCCUCUACUGAAACUAUCCAAGUCGGGAGCGAAGAUCGUUAACGCCUCCUCCCUUGCGUCAGAGCUGAAGAGAAUGCCGAACGAGGAGCUACGGAAGGACCUGAGCAACAUCGACAUCUGGGACGAGGCGCGGAUCGAGGCGGUGCUCAACACCUUCAUGGAUGACCUGAAGAAUGGACGGCUCGAAGAGGCAGGGUGGCCAGCGAUGCUGCCGGCGUACAGCGUGUCGAAGAUGGUGAUCAACCUCUACACGAGGAUCCUGGCGAGGCGGUACCCAGAGAUGCGCGUCAACUGCGUGCGCCCCGGCUUUGUCAGGACCGACAUCAACUGGAACCUGGGGACCCUGACGCCGGAGCAGGGCGCGAGGGGCCCGGUCAUGCUGGCCCUGCUCCCUCAGGACGGACCGACCGGGUGCUACUUCGAUCAGACGGAGAUGGUGAAUGUCUGGUAGUGUCUGUUCACUGGAUUGUCUGCAGCUACGUUAUGGAUAUCAUGCACUGCAUUCUGUUACCGAGCUUCCAUCGGCUCCUGUCUCAUGGACAUGUUUUCUUUGGCUGUUGUGGCACACACCUAAUUCUUGAUCUUUGAUGCGAAGUCAGAAAUAUUAUGGGAGUAGAAUCUUUAGAAUUUUGAUUUGUACUUGCGAAGUUCUCCUAUGAUUCGUGCUUGGGAAGUUUUCCUUUGUUUUAAUGUUA